AAUUUCUCCGUCGUUUGUCACUGCAACUAACCUUUUUCUCGCCGGAAGAGAGAGCAGCAGCCAUGGUUAAGUUCCUGAAGCAGAACAAAGCGGUGAUCCUUCUCCAAGGCCGUUACGCCGGCAAGAAGGCAGUGAUCAUCCGUUCCUUCGACGACGGAAACCGCGAGCGUCCUUACGGACACUGCCUCGUCGCGGGACUCAAGAAGUAUCCGAGCAAGGUCAUCCGCAAGGACUCGGCCAAGAAGACGGCGAAGAAAUCUAGAGUCAAGUGCUUCAUCAAGGUCGUAAACUAUCAGCAUCUGAUGCCUACUCGUUACACGUUGGACGUGGAUCUGAAGGAGGUUGCGACUCUGGAAGCUCUGGCGUCGAAAGACAAGAAGGUGGCGGCUCUUAAGGAGGCUAAGGCUAAGCUCGAGGAGAGGUUCAAGACCGGGAAGAACAGGUGGUUCUUUACCAAGCUCAGGUUUUGAAGAAGCCAUUUUGUCGUUUCUGUUUUUUAUUAUUAAUCGUUUUGUAAUGGAAUUUACAGUAUGCUUAUGUAGUUUCGAGAAUGAAUGUGGAACAUGUUUUGGAUGGUUUAUGAACUUUGGUUUGAAUUUUAGUUA